AUGGCGGAGCGCGGCCUGGAGAGCGGCCCGGCGGCGGCGGCGGCGGCGGUGGCGGCGCUGCCGGCCGAGGUGCGGGCGCAGCUGGCGGAGCUGGAGCUGGAGCUGUCGGAGGGGGAUAUCACACAGAAGGGAUAUGAAAAGAAAAAGUCAAAACUCCUGUCUCCUUACAUCCCACAGACGCAAGAAGCUGAUUCAGCACUACAGAAAGAACAUAGAAACCAGACACCUGCUCCAUCUGCAGCGCAAACUUCUGCUCCUUCUAAGUACCACCGAACGAGAUCUGGGGGAGCCAGGGAUGAACGAUAUCGAUCAGAUAUCCACACCGAAGCAGUUCAGGCCGCGCUGGCAAAGCAUAAAGAGCAGAAAAUGGCGUUGCCCAUGCCAACCAAAAGGCGAUCCACAUUUGUCCAGUCUCCUGCGGAUGCCUGCACGCCUCCUGACACGUCUUCGGCCUCUGAGGAUGAGGGUUCUCUGAGACGCCAAGCUGCGCUCUCUGCUGCCUUGCAACAGAGCUUACAGAAUGCCGAGUCCUGGAUCAACCGUUCAAUUCAGGGAUCGUCCACUUCUUCAUCCGCAUCUUCUACGCUGUCCCAUGGAGAGGUCAAAGGAACCAUUGGGUCUCUAGCUGAUGUAUUUGCCAAUACUCGAAUAGAGAAUUUCUCUGCUCCCCCUGACGUCACUACAACUACCUCUUCCUCAUCAUCAUCUUCCUCAAUACGCCCGGCAAAUAUUGACCUUCCCCCCUCAGGAAUAGUUAAAGGCAUGCACAAAGGAUCCAACAGGUCCAGCCUUAUGGAUACUGCUGAUGGUGUUCCUGUCAAUAGCAGAGUAUCUACAAAAAUCCAACAGCUUCUCAACACUCUAAAACGACCUAAAAGACCACCCUUAAAAGAAUUUUUUGUAGAUGACUCUGAAGAAAUUGUGGAAGUACCUCAGCCAGACCCCAACCAGCCUAAGCCUGAGGGCCGGCAGAUGACUCCCGUGAAAGGAGAGCCCCUGGGAGUCAUCUGUAACUGGCCACCUGCACUGGAGUCCGCCCUGCAGCGCUGGGGCACCACUCAAGCCAAAUGCCCCUGCCUGACUGCCCUGGACGUGACUGGGAAACCAGUUUACACGUUGACAUAUGGAAAGUUGUGGAGCAGAAGUUUAAAGUUGGCCUACACACUGCUUAAUAAACUGGGGACCAAAAAUGAGCCUGUAUUAAAACCUGGAGACAGGGUAGCCCUGGUUUACCCCAACAAUGAUCCAGUCAUGUUCAUGGUGGCUUUUUAUGGAUGUCUCCUGGCAGAAGUGAUUCCCGUGCCUAUUGAGGUACCCCUUACCAGAAAGGAUGCUGGAGGGCAGCAGAUUGGUUUCUUGUUAGGAAGUUGUGGUAUUGCUUUAGCUCUUACAAGUGAAAUUUGCCUGAAAGGAUUGCCAAAAACCCAGAAUGGAGAAAUUGUACAGUUUAAAGGUUGGCCUCGGCUCAAAUGGGUUGUGACAGAUUCCAAAUACCUUUCAAAGCCACCUAAAGACUGGCAACCCCACAUCUCACCUGCUGGAAUGGAACCAGCAUACAUUGAGUACAAAACAAGCAAAGAAGGGAGUGUAAUGGGAGUUACAGUAUCCCGGCUUGCAAUGUUGUCUCACUGCCAAGCUCUGUCCCAGGCCUGCAAUUACACUGAAGGUGAAACAGUAGUGAAUGUUCUAGAUUGUAAGAAGGAUGCUGGGCUGUGGCAUGGCAUGUUUGCGAAUGUAAUGAAUAAGAUGCAUACAAUUAGCGUACCGUACUCUGUUAUGAAGACUUGUCCUCUCUCUUGGGUCCAGAGAGUUCAUGCCCACAAAGCUAAGGUAGCUUUGGUCAAAUGUCGAGACUUGCACUGGGCCAUGAUGGCACAUCGGGACCAAAGAGAUGUGAGCUUGAGUUCCCUUCGGAUGUUAAUUGUGACCGACGGAGCAAAUCCCUGGUCUGUGUCAUCCUGUGAUGCCUUCCUGAGUCUGUUCCAAAGCCAUGGGCUAAAACCGGAGGCCAUCUGUCCAUGUGCUACUUCUGCUGAAGCCAUGACUGUGGCCAUCCGCAGACCUGGUGUUCCAGGGGCCCCUUUGCCUGGAAGAGCCAUUCUCUCAAUGAAUGGAUUGAGCUAUGGGGUAAUACGGGUCAAUACUGAAGAUAAAAACUCAGCACUGACUGUCCAGGAUGUGGGGCAUGUCAUGCCCGGUGGGAUGAUGUGCAUUGUGAGACCUGAGGGACCACCCCAACUCUGCAAAACAGAUGAAAUUGGUGAAAUCUGUGUCAGCUCCAGAACUGGGGGCAUGAUGUACUUCGGGCUUGCUGGUGUGACAAAAAAUACAUUUGAGGUGAUUCCAGUGAAUUCUGCAGGCUCUCCUGUUGGGGAUGUGCCAUUCAUUCGUUCAGGUUUGCUUGGAUUUGUUGGACCGGGAAGCUUGGUAUUUGUGGUUGGAAAAAUGGAUGGAUUACUGAUGGUUAGUGGCAGAAGACAUAAUGCUGAUGACAUUGUUGCUACUGGAUUGGCUGUUGAAUCGAUAAAGACUGUUUAUAGAGGAAGAAUUGCUGUGUUUUCUGUGUCUGUGUUUUAUGAUGAGCGCAUUGUGGUGGUUGCCGAACAAAGACCUGAUGCCUCCGAAGAAGAUAGUUUCCAGUGGAUGAGCCGCGUGCUGCAGGCAAUCGAUAGCAUUCAUCAGGUGGGAGUUUACUGUCUUGCUUUGGUGCCUGCCAAUACAUUGCCAAAAACUCCACUAGGAGGGAUUCAUAUAUCUCAGACCAAACAGCUCUUUCUAGAGGGAUCUCUACAUCCUUGCAACAUCCUCAUGUGCCCACAUACAUGUGUGACCAAUCUGCCAAAACCCAGACAAAAGCAACCAGGUGUAGGCCCUGCUUCUGUACUGGUUGGGAAUCUGGUUGCUGGAAAACGCAUAGCCCAAGCUGCUGGAAGGGAUCUUGGGCAAAUUGAAGAGAAUGAUUUAGUGAGGAAGCAUCAGUUUCUGGCAGAAAUUUUACAGUGGCGAGCCCAGGCAACUCCUGAACAUGUACUUUUCAUGCUGUUAAAUGCCAAGGGAACUACUGUGUGCACAGCCAGCUGCCUUCACCUUCACAAGCGAGCAGAGCGGAUAGCAUCAGUGCUCAGUGAUAAAGGACAUCUGAAUGCUGGGGACAAUGUGGUGUUGCUCUAUCCACCUGGCAUCGAGUUAAUCACUGCGUUCUAUGGCUGCCUGUACGCGGGCUGCAUCCCCGUGACUGUGCGACCUCCGCAUGCUCAGAACCUCACAGCCACGUUGCCCACUGUCCGCAUGAUUGUCGAUGUCAGCAAAGCAGCCUGCAUUCUCACCACUCAGACCCUAAUGAGGUUACUGAGGUCUCGAGAAGCAGCGGCAGCUGUGGACGUGAAAACCUGGCCCACCAUCAUUGACACAGAUGAUUUACCCAGGAAAAGGUUACCUCAGCUGUAUAAACCUCCCACUCCUGAGAUGUUGGCAUACCUUGAUUUCAGUGUCUCCACCACAGGCAUGCUCACAGGAGUAAAGAUGUCCCACUCUGCGGUCAACGCUCUCUGUAGAGCCAUCAAGCUCCAGUGCGAGUUGUACUCCACACGGCAGAUCGCCAUCUGCCUUGAUCCUUACUGUGGACUUGGCUUUGCAUUAUGGUGUCUCUGCAGUGUGUAUUCAGGUCACCAGUCCAUCUUAAUUCCUCCUAUGGAGUUAGAAAACAACCUUUUCCUCUGGCUGUCCACUGUCAACCAGUACAAAAUAAGGGAUACUUUCUGCUCCUACUCAGUAAUGGAGCUCUGCACCAAAGGACUUGGAAACCAGGUGGAGGUGCUAAAGACCAGAGGGAUCAAUCUCUCGUGCAUCCGGACCUGUGUGGUGGUGGCUGAGGAGCGGCCCCGAAUCGCCCUGCAACAGUCCUUCUCCAAACUCUUUAAGGACAUCGGUCUGUCCCCUCGGGCUGUCAGCACCACGUUUGGAUCAAGAGUCAAUGUAGCAAUAUGUUUGCAGGGAACCUCAGGGCCUGAUCCAACAACUGUGUACGUGGAUCUGAAGUCACUCCGACACGACAGGGUUCGUCUUGUGGAACGGGGCGCCCCACAGAGCUUGCUCCUCUCCGAGUCUGGAAAGAUUUUACCCGGAGUGAAAGUGGUUAUUGUUAAUCCCGAGACCAAAGGGCCUGUUGGAGAUUCUCACCUUGGGGAGAUUUGGGUAAACAGUCCCCACACAGCUAGCGGCUACUACACGAUCUACGACAGUGAGACUCUUCAAGCCGAUCAUUUCAACACCCGCCUCAGCUUCGGAGAUGCUGCUCAGACUCUCUGGGCGCGGACGGGAUACCUUGGUUUUGUUCGCCGGACGGAGCUGACUGCAGCCACCGGAGAGCGUCACGAUGCGUUGUAUGUUGUGGGGGCUCUGGAUGAAACGCUGGAGCUGAGAGGCCUGAGAUACCACCCGAUCGAUAUUGAGACCUCAGUGUCCCGGGUCCACAGGAGCAUUGCCGAAUGUGCCGUAUUUACAUGGACCAACUUGCUUGUGGUGGUUGUGGAACUGUGUGGCUCUGAGCAGGAAGCCCUCGAUCUGGUUCCUUUAGUGACAAACGUGGUCCUGGAAGAGCAUUACCUCAUCGUUGGAGUCGUGGUUGUGGUGGACCCAGGUGUUAUCCCCAUUAACUCCAGAGGAGAGAAGCAGAGGAUGCACCUUCGUGACAGUUUCCUUGCCGACCAGUUAGACCCCAUCUAUGUGGCAUAUAACAUGUAACCAGCCUUGUGGAGAUUUCAAGGGCCCAUCCUAAAAAACCACAAGGACCAAAGAUCUGGGACUAGAAGCAAGCGUUCAGAUGAUGAGAAAUAAGCUGGGACAGCUACUUUAGAUACUUCAUCUCAUCCUGUGGAAUUCUGCACUCAGUGUACAGGGAAGGGGAAUUCUGAGAUGGCAAAUGAAAAAAAUGUUAACAAUCUGUUAGUCAUGAGCUUGGACCUAGCGUGAGCAGCACGUUACUAAAGCAAUUACAUGCAUGUUGCAUUUUUUUCAUCUGUUGUAUAUACUUGUAUUUUUACCUAAUGCUCUUUUAGAAUUUUGUAAGAGAGUCGAAUGAAUUCACAGGAAGGGGGUAGUCUGAGUUACACAGUUCCCCGCUCUGUACUGUAUUCUGCCAUUUGAUCAUCGCUAGGCAUCCUGUGGGCUUUGUUAACAUGGAGUCGACACAUAAGCAAAACUGAUAACCCACUGAAUAUGAGAAUUACGUUAUAUAUAUGCACAUAUAUAUAAAUUCCUAACUGUAAAACAUUUGACCAGUGUUUUAAACAUGUAAAUAAGAAUACACAUAAUUCAGCUUAAAAAAAAAACUGAAGAAUUGGCUUGUAUAGUUAUUAACAACCAAAAUAGCAACAUUUGUGCUUUGAGAGAAUUUUAGAACUCUCGUAGUGCAGUGGAAUUGAAUAGAUGACCAAAAAGUGCAAAUUGUUGGCAGAUUUUACUGCACGUUGUACUGUGUCUCUUCUGGCUGGUGUAUUUUAUAAACUCAAGCUGCCUGUAUUCGUUUUUAAAGCUUGCAUUCCCAGAAUCAGCUUAAGCUUUUAAGAAUUCAACCUAUUUCUGUAAGCUGAAAAUCUGUUUAGGAAUCAAAAUGUUGUGGACAAACUGAGAUUCACUAAGUCCCACCCUGUCCUAAGGAACCCGGAUACUGCACUCUGGCCCCCAGUGUUGAAACUGCUGAGACUGCAUAAUAUUGGAGACUUUCCUCUUUUCCAGCCCCCCAUCAUAAGCCGUGCGUGCAGUUUGUAUACAGAGCUACUUCUUCCUGCAAAGUGCACUGCAUGCACAUUUCACAAGGUGCACAAGGGGUUCGAGAGCAGGUGAUAAGCUAGCUGGGAAGGCAGCGGGAUCUCUCGAUAGUCACUUGAGCGAGUAAGGCUACAGGACUCGACAUCUCAGAGCUGAUCAUUUUGGGUUGCCAAAAUAGACGACAGGCUUAUGCUGCAGUAGGGGAAGGCUGAUGUUUUCAAGAAACUUUUGGAAUAACUGUGGUGCCCUGGCCAAGCGGACUGAGCCCGAGACUGAGUUUGGCGUCCGGCUCAGUUUCCUUUCUUUGGUCUGAUACUUCAUGUAUUUGAAUAUAGUUGAAUUUUAUUAUUUUUUUCUUACAGAAAUAUUUUUAAAAAUUAAAACUCAAAAGUGAACAGAGUUAACUUGUUAAAUCAGAAUGGUUCUCUUUGACCCACUCUGGUCUAUUGUGUAAAUAUUUAUUUAGGCUAUUUUAAUAAUACAUAUCAUUUACCCCCACUGUAACAUCAUGUAAACUAAAUAUGUUUUUAAACAAUUUUUAAGACUUGUAAUUACCCUGAAAAUAAGGUUUAUAAUGCAAAGACCAGACCCCUCACCAGGGCAGCAUUCUUGGGGGCUGCCCUUACAACAAGUCUCUAAGCCACUUUAUGACUCUUCCUUUUACAUAAUCCUCCUUACAACAAGUCUCUAAGCCACUUUAUGACUCUUCCUUUUACAUAAUCCUCUUUUCCUCCCAACUCAUUCUCCACAGAGGCAGACCUCAAGGCAUUUUCCAGUUCCAGCUCUCUUUUUCAGCAUUUUGUAUGAAGUUAAUUUACGUGUGAUGGGAACUGUUCUAGUGUAUACAGGGGGGAAAAAAAACAACAUUGGGCCUAGAAAAUCCAGUGUCUUGCAACGGUUUGGUUUGCAGAGAAAAUUGCCUACUUAUUCAGAAAGUAAUUUUCUAAUAGUCUUAGUGAUUUACUGAAAAAGAAAAGAAAAAGCAAGGGAUCCUGAGGGUUAAGUAGUUUUAUCUUGGUGGCUAGAGAGAGAGUACAGAGGUUUCUGUACUUGCCUUGCCCACAGCUAACCCGUUUGAUCCCCGGCACUGCAUAUGGUCCCCUGAGCAUCACUAGGCAUGAUCCCUGCGCCUGGUGCGGCCCAGAUUCCUCCACCCACCCCCCCCCCCCCCCAACCUUCAUCUCUCUCCAAAAUCCACACAUUCUAAGAAAGGAUAAAAAGGGCAGAAUGUAUCCUAUGGAUGAUUUUGAAAAUUCUUACUACACAGUUCAUGUGUCUAUUAGACAUAGAAUGUGAACCACGUCUGUCAUUUAACUUUUCCUAGAAAGCACAUUGUGAAAAAGUGAAACGAAGCAGGGCCAAGAGAGUGGCUCAGGGGUAAAGCUCAUGCCUUAUAGGCCUGGGUUUAAUCCCUGGCACCACACACCCACACAUUGAAAUUUUAAGAAGCAGAUUAAACUGAUUUUAACUUAUUUUUGUUUAAGCUAAAGAUCAAGAUUCUAUCACUGCCACAUGGGCUCAAAAUGAAAAAUAUUCCCAAGAUAUUUUGCUUUUUUUUUUUAAUCAUGUUGUCUUUGAAAUCAAUUGAGUAAGCGUAUUAAGUAUACCAAUGUGGACUAGCCAUAUUUCAAGUUUCAGUAGCUACAGGCUAUGGUUAUGAUACUGGACUGUGUUAAUCUAUUGUCAUUCCUUCAAAUAAUAUACUCCUAUUAAUCUCAGAGUGAGGUUCAUUCCCAGUUACUUUGGGGCUGAUUUUCUAGUUUUGUAGUUCCUUGAGACAUUAGGGGGGUUUUUUGUUUUGUUUUGUUUUGUUUAUACUGUAUAGAUGAUUUCUUGAUCCUUUGCAUAGCCUUCAAAGCCAGAAUUUGCUAAUAAUGGAAAGCUCCCUCUUGUCCACAGUCUUGGGAACUUUAUCAGUAACUCUGAUAGAGUGUUUCUCUGGAAGGGGGAUGAAUUCAGUCAUUGGCUUAAAGACAUUUGUAGGUUCUCAGAUAUCAGAAUCCCAUUUGGUUGUAGACUUGGUUAAGGCAACUCUCUUGAUUACACAGAGCUUUUGUUCUUUUUAUAAUCAGUAGAACUUUUGUGGUAGAACCAACUCUAAAGUCCAUUAUCUAUUAAAAAACACACCUUGCAAUUCCUGUGGAACAUAUUUCGUAUGGGUUUUUAUGCCUGUGAAAGAUAAAUAGCAAAGUCCCCAUCUUAGUUCAUUGUAAUCUGUUCAUCUGAAAGUUUCUGAACCUCUUUUCUGCCUAACAGCAGAGGUAACUGAGGUCGGUCAGGAGAACUCCUAGGCCCUGGGGAUUCUUAGAGCUGCAUGCGGGAGACCCUGGAAAUGACCAGCAUGCCAGUAGACACCAGUGAAUCCACAGGUUUACUUCCCGCCUUCUAAAGGCCCUGGUUCUUUGGCCCACCUCCACCCACUCCCAAGUCCUUUCCUCCUGAUGUUAUGCUGCCUCAGGCUAUUUAGGGACCAUCCCAUCUUCCUGACAUGAGUUUGCCUCCUAACUUUAGUCCCUGGGCAAUGCUUGCUUAGUGCUUUUGUUGAAUCAACAAAGGGCCUGAGGCCUUAGAUUUUUAUUAAGGUCUCUGCCCCAGGCAUGGUGCUCAAUAUCUUGGCCAAAUAAAUUACUUUCCUUGAAUAUCCAGGAAUCUUAGACUAAAGCAUUGAGGAGUUAUCACCUCACCCUCAAACUCCAACAAAAUCUAUGCCUUAGUGUUGUUUUUUGUUGUCUGCUUUGAUGUAUAAGCAAGUGUAUUUGGAGCAAGAAGCUGCAGUGCUCCAAACACACCUUAGGCCUUUUCUUUAUCAUCCAUACAACAUUUCUGGUUUAGGUAAAUGUAAAUGGGCCAUGUUAUUUGUCCAAGGAAGCAAGUGUAAAAAUACAAAACUAAUUUUUUUUGUCCUAAAUGCUGUUUUGUUUACUUUUUUUGUCAAGAUAUUUACCAGUGUCAAACUCAAACAAUAGUACUGUGUAAUUAUGUACAAAGUUUUUUUUUAUUUAUUUGAAAUUAGACUAGAUAUACAUUUUUAAAUUUAACAUCUGGCUGGACAGUGUUCUAUUAACUCAUUGAAUGUGUUUCCUUUGUCUUGUGUUAAUAAAUAUUGAUGCUUGA